UUUCAAAAGUUUGUUAGCCAAAACAAAAAUGAAGAUAUACAUUACACUGGUAGUGGCACUUUUUGGACUUUUUGGAAGAGUUCAAGCUUUUCCCGCAAAUAAUAUUAUUGGAGACUUAGAAGACGGAGAACCAUUAGUUUGGCCAAUUCCCCAACGAAAUGGAAGUAUCCUUUGGAUGUCUGAAAAUGAAGCCCAAACAAUUGCUCUAAGGACCGAAAACCAACCAUCAACAUUUGAAGCUAAAAAAUCAGAAAAUGUUCGUUUUUACUUGUACACUCAGAAAAAUAUCAAAAAACCAAUUGAAAUCUAUUUGAAUGAUUUGGAAGCCUUGAAAAAGUCAACUUUUGAUCCCAAGGAUCCAACAAGAUUUAUGAUUCAUGGCUGGGCAACCGAACACGAUCACGAAGACUUAUUUGCCGUUAAGAAAGCCCUCUUGCAAAAUGGUGAAAAGAGACAAUUUAACUUUAUAUCAGUUGACUGGAGUGUCUACAGUCACACAGCCAAUUACAUUUCAGCUAAGAACAAAACCUCCAAAGCUGGUGAAAUAGUUGCUGAAUUCAUCGAUUGGCUUCACAAUACAACAAGUAUGUCCUUUGAUACUUUAGCUGUUUAUGGACACAGUCUUGGAGCUCACGUUGCCGGUUUCACUGGAAAGAAUGUGAAAUUGGGAAAAAUCCAUACCAUUGUUGGCUUGGAUCCAGCAAUGCCAUUAUUUAGAUUUAGAAAGCCAGAAAAACGUUUGGCUAAAACUGAUGCAAAAUAUGUUGAAACUAUUCAAACUAAUGGUGGACUAUUGGGUUUCUAUAGUCCAAUUGGUCAAUCGGCAUUCUAUCCGAAUGGUGGAAAAUUGCAACCAGGCUGUGGAGAGGAUCGAUUGGGAUCAUGUUCGCAUGGUAGAUCGACAGCAUAUUUUGCUGAAGCCUUACGUCUUGGUGAUAGGAAUGGAUUGAAUGCGAUUGGUUGUAAGGAUUUUGAAAGGCUGAAAAAUGGCAAGUGUCGUCAGUUUGCUGUUAAACAACGUUUGGGUGAUCCAAAUAAUGCUAAUUUGUCAAAUGGAAUAUUCUAUUUGAAAACGAAUGCUGAUGCACCAUAUGGAUUAAAUGUUAAAUUUUGA